GUGCAGCAUUUUGCCUUUAAAUAAUACCAUUCCACUGUGACAAGUCUUGUCACAGAUUGUCUUGUCAAAUGGAGAAUUGUUUUUAAAAGAGAAGGAAAAAAAUCAGUUAGAAUGAAUCCUUCUACAUCGAAUAAACACUCUCGACGAUCUUCAUCCUCGAUCUUGAAAGGUCCAAAAAUGCAAAAAUGCAAGAAAGGUCUGUCAGAAGAAACUCCCUCUUCAUCAGUUGAGUCCACUCCGUCGAGAUUAAAGAGGAGAGUUAGUUUUGCCGGGAAAAAACAUGUCAAGGAAUUCUGUGACUCCAUGGAGCAGGGAACAGUAUGGGACAACACCUACGAGGAAAGUGAUAGCUCUCACAUGGCCAAAAGCCACAAUGAUGACCAUCAACCUCAACUUUCUUCCCAAGAGGAUUCCGACGCCUCUCCCAUCCUAGAAUUCACUUCAAAUCAUCCAAGACACGGCGCAAAAUCCAAAGGUCUGAAUCCAAACUUCAUAAAUCCCGACAUGAUAGAGAAUUACCCAGAACUGUUUGUGGAGAAGGAAAAUAUCCCGAUGAAUCCCAUGGCAGAUGUUUCGUCACCAGAGGAGGAAUUGAUUCCCCUACAAGUUACCCAAAAGGUGUCUUGUAAAUUCUCAAUUUACUGCGACGACGACAGUCCUUCGUCGCAAGAGAAAGUUGAAAACACAACUGGGAACAAGUCUGAUGAUCGUACAUUGACCCUGACAGAUUCUUGUCGCUUGGAGUUUAUUGAAAAUGACCAGAACCUCACAAGGGAGUCUUCGAAGACCCCUUUACCCAGAAGGAGUAUCUUCGAAGGGAUGGAGAUGACUGAAGCCCUGUCCUCAGUGCUAGGCAUCAUGGGCCCCAAAAAUAAUACAGAAAACCCUCAAGAUCUAGUGGAUCCUACUGAAGCAAUCCCGUCAGUAUUACCUCAUAAAUCUGUGUGGAAUGUUCUACACGCAACCGAAGACCCCGUUAAUCCUCAGAGAUCAACAAGGAAGAGUCUUCUAAACCCUGAAGCUAUGGAGAUGACGCAAGUCAUAUCUCCGUCAUUCCGAACUGUAGACGUCUCAAGUGAGAAUGGAU